UCUGUUAGGAACCAGGAAGGAUUUUGCUUGAUGUGGCCGGCUGAUGGAUGGGUGCUGACAUUCGUUGAUUAUUAUUAGUGUUUUCCUCGGGUUUAUUUCUCUCGUGUCGUCCGAUCAAUUAGUCUGUGCUCUGAUCUCAUACAGCCUUGCCCGAUUCAGUCCCAGAUUGUACUGCUAGUCUGUUUCGAUUACUUGUAUGUAUGUCUCGUACUCGUAUGCAUUUCUGUGUGCCACUUUCUGCCGGUUUUGUGGAGCUUGAACGGCAAAUCAUGAUCAUAAUUCAUUCAUCAGGGCCCUGUCAUUCAUCUAACUGCCUUGGUUGCGAAAUCUGUUGGAAUCUGGAACCUGCUGGUCGGACAGUGAAUGGCUUUGGGCGCAAAUUAGUUGGCGUUCAUGUUUAAGCUUUCAUCUUUCGGAAGGAUCAACCGUAAUUAUAUGGUGCUAAUAGCCCUGAAUGGGUUAUCACGAUGGAGGCUUGCAAUGCGCAUGGAAUCUACUGUGUUCCAUUAUAUGACACUCUUGGGGCUGGUGCGAUAGAGUUUAUUUUGUGCCAUGCAGAAGUUGAGAUUGCUUUUGCAGAGGAAAAGAAAGUUGCGGAGCUGUUGAAGACAUUUCCUAAGUCAACUGAGUUCUUGAAAACCAUUGUGAGUUUUGGUAAACUGACACAAGAACAAAAGGAAGAAGUUUCCAAGUACGGGCUGUCAAUAUACUCAUGGGAUGAGUUACUUUCUUUGGGUCAAUUUCGUGGAAGACCUGAGGUAACCGACCAAAGGGAGAAGUACUUGCAAAGAUUGCAACAAGUACAGCAGCAGCAGGGCAACCUUCUUAACGCUUCUCAUAUAACGGGCAUCAAUCAGAAGCAAUUUCCAACCCAGCAGCCCAAUUCCCUCUUACAGCAGUUUAAUUCUCAGAGUUCUUCUAUCUCUUCUCAAGGGGGCCUUGGGCUAGGGGUUCAGGGACCAGACGCUGGGCAAACAAAAAGUGACGAGCAACAAGGCUUGGCCGAUGAUGCUGGUGUGGAGUCUGCUGCAACAACUGGACCGAUUAGGCACACCAAUGAAGAUGACACGAAGGCUCCUUACUUGGUUGCCACGCGGAUGCUCUUUGGACUACGAUAUGGACAUGAAGGCAUUUGUUUUAGUGCCAAAUAUUACUUACUAAUGCCCGCAAAGUAUCAGUCCUUGAUGGAAGAAUAG